GUCGUCACCUAUGAGCUUUGUGCCUUGCGCGUGCCCUUUGGCGGGAACUCCUUGCCGGCCGUGGCCAUGAAGAUCAUGGGUGCUGAUCCCGAGCCCUUGGCGCUGCGUUCGCCAGAGCUCAAUUGGAUCGUCAUGAGUCUUCUCUCCAAGGAGCCGAGUCAACGCCCUCGCCUUGAGGCCGUGCAGCGCUUGCCCUUUGUCCAGAAGUACAUCGAGGAGUUGCUUUCGUACUCCCGGGAGACGGGCGCUGGAGGAUGUGAAGCCAUGACCGAGCGACGGAGCCGCCGGACGGAGCCGGACGGACGGGCCGAGCCGUCGGUGCCGCGCCGCGCGGCGCGGGUUGGAGGUGCGCCGCAAGCGUUGGAGCGGAAGAUUGAGGCCGCGCAGGCGGAGUUCGUGCGGACCCGGCAGGCAGCUCUGGAAGCCAAACGCCGGGUCGAGGGAGAGACAAAGCCACUGGUCGAGGGCCCAGCCCCUCAGAGAGAGCAACGUCGCCCUCGAAAAACUGUGGAGGAGCAGACCCAGCUGAGCGGCAAAGAACGUGAAGCCGAGGUCCGGCGCCGGGCGCGGCAAGAGCGUGAUGAGCUGGAUGCCUUGCACUGGGAUGCCUUGAGCAAAGCCCGAAGAGAGCAUCAGGAGGAGCGGCGGAAGCUCGAACUGCGCUUGCGAGGGCACGAUGAGGUGCCGCCUCCAGUGGACUCAUUUGAUGACAGUCCUUCUUGUGGUGUGCCCCGCAAAGACAAGCUCGCCGAGGAGGCGGAGUACCUGGAGAAGCUUGCGGAAGCCAGAAGGGAACAGGCGCAGGAGCGCCGGCGGCUGGCAGAGAAGUUGGCGAAAAUGGCCGACGACGAGGUCCCAGUCGUCAGUGAAGAGGAGGUUGACAGCGACAAGGAGAAUGCUGUGUGCUUUGUCCUCAAGAGGCCGAGAGAGAUGGAUGGAGGAGGGGAUCCUGGUCCCAUGUUGCUGGAAAUCCCCUUCACUGACAAGGUCAAGCCGAAACCGAAGCUGACCUCAGACACCCGAUUCAGCAAGCGCAGGAGCUGUGUUCAUCCAACUUAUCCAUUGAAUGAGGCUCCGAUCGGCGCUCCCAAGACGCACUCCCCCGCCAUGGCGACCGUUUGGGCGCGGCGUCAAAUGCGCGGCGCAUGCUGCUGUGGUCGUGGCGACCUCGGCGAUUUCUUUUUCACCGUUUGUGGUGUGGUGGGCUUGUGUUGGCUCUUCGUGGCUUUGAUUGGCUUUUGGUGGCUUUGGCUUUUGGCUUUGGUGGCUUUGGCUUUUGUCUUCGGUUGCUUUUGGUUGGAUUUCGUUGGCUUUUGGCUUCCGGUCUGCCUUUGGGGUCUCAGCUUUUGUGGUCCAGAGGCCAGAAGAGCGAAUCUGCGCGGAGGGCUCGCCCUCCGCUGCGGCCAUGCAGGGCCAGGUGACGAGGCCGGGCGUCGGCUGCUGGAAUGGCUAGCAGAGGAGGCGGAAGACGACGACAUCGUGGUGAAACAGCUUCAGUUGGCAGAGAACAUUUAA